UUUCCAUAUUCCUCUGCAUAUAUUUGGUUCUGCGCAGUGGCGCGACACACUGCUGCAACCCAGAGUUACUGAGAUCUCAAACGCUAACUGGUCUAUAUAGACACUCAACAACCAUGGCUGACAAACCCGAUCUUGCUGAGGUCACCAGCUUCGACAAGACCAAGCUGAAGAAGACCGAGACUCAGGAGAAGAACCCGCUCCCAUCUAAAGAAACCAUCGAACAGGAGAAGCGGGCGACAUCGUGAAGACCCCAAGCUGCCAUCAUGCACUGUGCACACCCCCUUUCCCACACAUUGCCUUCUUUUUGUUCACUUCUUUUAGCUGUAUAACUCUGUAACCAAAAUGUCAAAACAAAAAAAAAAACACAAAAGGAAAAAAAUGCUAAAAAGAAAAAAACCUAAAGCUGCCAUCAAUGUUGGGUGGACCUGAAAUCAUCCUCCACCAACAGCCAGAAGACAAACCAUCCACCCACCCCCCUUUUCCAAAUCAGCAAUGAAAAAGGGCGCCGCUAACCCUUGGCGCACGUAGUUUGGAUCCAUCUGGCUUCCAUAGCCUUGGCUAUUGGUGUAGAGACAGAAGAAGGGCAAAGGACAAAGGGGGCGUGGCUUCUUCGGAAUGUGGACAUUCUCAAAAUUUCCAUUGACCAAUCGGGGUAUGGCUUUAUGUCAACGUGUGACCAGCUCACCUAUUUGUGGCGUUGCAUUUCUUUUCUUUCUUUUUUUUAUUAAGAAAUUGAGUUUUACAGUAAAAUGUACAAUAUUUGGUUUUUGUACGUCAUCAAUGAUUAAUACCUUCUCGUUAGUGCUGCUUCAAGCAAAUGCUUUUUGAUUGACACAAAAGAGGAAGAGGAAAUGGUGGAAGUCACCUAGAUGGGGAAAACAUUCCUAAGGCACAAGAGGGUUUUUUAAACUGAUUGUACCUUUUUUGUACGUGUGGGUUAUUUUGGGGUUGCUUUUUGUGUUGCACCCAAUUUCAAAUGUCCUGUUGUAUGGAAGCUGUCAGUUCUGGAAAUGAAACGUUCCAUGUGGUCGCUUUCAUGUGUUCACGAAAUUGGUUUUAUUUUUUGUUUUCCUUCUUGGGUUUCUGUAAAACUCAGCAAACCAUGUAAUUUUUGCCACAAACCAUUCUCAAAAAUGGAAAAAGGAACGUGUUGUAAUAAAGCCUUUGUUAUCAAAA